AAAUGUUGUUAUCACAUGUCCAUGGUUUGUAGCAGCCGAUAGCCGCGUAUUAUAUCGAUGGCAAGAGUGCUGUAAGCCAUACACAGACUUGUAUGUUCCUGUAACGUCAGUUGUACCUGUGAUAGCGGGAUGACUCGGGUUACUCCAGAAAUCCUCUCAGCGAUAAAUAUUCUGACGAAACCUCUUGGGGAAGCAUCUGUGCGUGAUGCUCAUUUGUCACACCAAGAGGCUCUCCUGGCAGUGCUACGGGCCAACAGAGCCCUUCUCAGUGAGCGGCUUCAGAGUGAGACCAGCUUUGAGGAGGUGAGGAGGCUGAGGGAGGAGGUGAUGGCGGCAGCAGACUGGUUUGCCAGCGACACAGAAGACACCACAUGGGGUUUUGUCCAGGAGUGUCUCCUACUGCUCCUAACCUUAGUGCGACACCUGUCAGCUGAACUGGAACUUUUCCAGCAGAUCCCCACGCUGUCUGCAGCUAGACAACGCACCCCUGAGAUGGCGCCACCUCUACCUCCUGAUGUCCUCAGUGUCUCCCAGCAGCAGACCCUCGGAGCGGCACUUCAGUUUGUGGUUUCUCUGGGGCUCUGCCCAUACUUGGCCGCUGGAGUGGGUGUGUCAUUGUGUCGCAGGUCAUCGUUUGGAGCCAUGGUGGACAAACUUGUUUGCGGCGGGGCAGUGCAAGGAGCUGGACGCUGCCUUUUGACCACCACGAACGUUCUAUUGCAGUUGGCAGAGCUGUCAUCUCUCGCCACAUUGGUGUUCACACGGCAUCUGGGGGAUGUGUUGGCGGCAUUGUGCCAGCUUGGCUACCAGCCACGCGGCACAGAGGGACGCGGCACAGAGGAGGUGCAGGAGCUCAGUGCUGAGGAACGUCAAACUUGCAAGGAAGCCCUCAAAAGCCUCCUAGGAAAGGUCUACCAGCCAAUGAUUAUCAAGGAGCUGCUGAUCCUCCAAGGUGGACCCAAACAGUCUGGUGCAGUGGGAAGCUCCGGUGCUUCCAGCAGCAGGGCAGCUCUGGGAUCAGCUCCCACCUGGCUAAAGCGUCUUUGUGGUCAACUGCUGUCUGAGCGCCUGAUGCAGCCUAACGGCGUCCAGGCUGUAGUCAGAGCCAUCUUGGAGGGAGGAACAGGGGGCGAGUCAGACUGGAGGAAAUGUGACUGUGUGGCCAAGAUCCUGGUGACCUGCCCUCAACAGUCUGCCUCAGCGGACACCUACUACAGACAAGUGUGUCACCAGAUCCUUGACCUCCUGCACUUUAAGGACCAGCUGACAGCCCAGCAGCAUCAACGUGUGGCCACCAGGGCAGUGCUCUUCAUGGUGCAGGAGAAGCCCAGCUUUGCCCAGCAGUACUUGCUCACUCCUCUACUUCAACCUCUCCACCGCUGCACCACCGCUUCCAACGACGGUCAUUUCCAAGCUGCUGUGGAGGAAUGGGAGCUGACACAAUGUGUGAAUGACGUGUACAAGAUCUGGGUGGUUGGAAACAGUCCGUCUGCUUCUCUUCUAGAAGCUCUAGAACAAGUUCUUCCUGUCAUCUUCACACUCUUCUGUUUCACCAAGCAGAAUGUCUCCCACCUACGCGCCCCCUGUCAGGAGAUCUUGCUGUGGUACCUGAGCCACGCUGAGACGUCUGCAGCCCUGUCAGCACUGAGGCAGCUUUCAGCUCUACAGGUACAGAAGAACGAGGUGGCAGCAGAUUUCCACUUCACCCCGGGCAGUGACGGAGGAGCCAGACUCAGCUCCAGGGCGAGAUGCAGUGAGGAGGACGAUGCUCUGUAUGAGAAGCUGUCCGGAGAGCAGUGGAGGCUGGACUGUCUGAUGCAACUGUUGGCUGAACUCAAAGACUGUGACCUGCCUGGAGACUUCUUCCUUGACCUGCUGCAGGAGAUGGCCAGCUGGGCAGAUACAGCAGAUGAAGACAAUGAAGAGGAACCGGAGUUGGACCUGUCAGCUAUGACACUUGUGGAGGUGGAGCAGAGGCUGCUGGCUCCAUCUACGAGGCGAGGCCAGAGACUCGCUUUGCUCCAGGUGUUGGCUUUGAUGGUUGAUUGUCUGCAGCAUACUGUGCUGCUGAGAAAAACCUCACAGGUGGUGGACUUCUUGAUGUCCCUGAUUCAGAGGGCCUGUGUGGGUCUGGAUCAGGCCCCUGGUCCAAAUCUUGGGAACCCAGUGGAGAGCGAGACGCUGCGCAUGGGGAUGGGCGUUGUGGCUACUCUGCUGUCUGGACCUGAGCUUAGUAAAGAGGACUACUCUUCUAUGUCGAGACUACUCCCACCACUGGAGUCGCUGUCUCAGAAGCACUCUGAGGUGGUCAUCCAGGAGCUGGCAUCCGACCUCAGAGCUGUCAUUGCCACGCAUGGUGCCUACCGGCCUGAAAACUUCACCACUGUCGCUCCACCCUCCAGGAACCCUGAAACAACAGUCAAGAACAACAGGGGGCCUUUGAGGAAAAAGCAGAAUAUGCAAACUGAAGCUACCAAUUUACAGACUAGUCCUCAUUCACCCCUACCAAAUAGUAAUUCACCCAGCAACAGCCAUGACAGACAUCCAGCUUCCUCUGGAAUGUCUGCAGCAGGAGUAAGUCCAAAAGGUGGAGGAAGGACCUCUGGCGCCAGUAACCUUCAUCUUCCUACCAAGCCCUUGUUUGAUUUGCUGCAUGAGGCCUGUGACCCGGAUGUGCCAACCAGAGCGUUCGCCCUGAGGGUCCUGACCCAGAUGGUGCAGAAAGAAAACCCGGAGGUUGUCCAGGCCCAGGAAAAAGUCCUCAUGCUCUUCUUAGAAAACCUAGAGCAUGAAGACUCAUUCAUCUACCUAUCAGCCAUUCAAGGUCUGGCUGCAUUAGCUGAUUCAUACCCCGAGAGGAUUCUGGAAAGGCUGCUAAAGGACUUCCAACAUGGUCCCUCCCUCCCUACAUCCAACAAGGAGCGUUCCCUGGAAUCCCGCCUCAAAGUGGGAGAAGUCCUAAUGAGGGCGAGCAGGGCUAUGGGGGAACUGGCGGCCCACCUCGGCCGUCCUCUCAUCGGUGUCUUCCUGCAAGGAACCAAGGACCCAGACCAAAGUGUCCGGGCCAGCAGUCUGUCCAACCUGGGGGAGCUCUGUCAGAGACUGGACUAUGCCCUGGGAACGCUGGCUCACGAGCUCAGCUCCUGUCUGACUGCUCUGAUAAAGACUGAGAGGGAGGCGGAGGUGAGGAGAGCUGCUAUCCAUGUUAUCACCCUGCUGCUCCGAGGCCUUAGCGACAAAACCACCCAGGUUCUCAGUGAUGUUUUGUCGGACCUGUACCGAGCUCUAAAGUGGGUGGUGCGCUCAGACCCGGAUGAUGUUGCCGUGCUCCAUGCCCAGCUGGCUCUGGAGGAGAUCGAUGAUGUAAUGAGGAGGUUCAUCUUCCCUCAGCAGAAGCUGGAGAAGAAGAUUGUUGUCCUGCCAUAGAGCUACAUUUUUAUCUCAUAACCCCUUCACAGUUUGGACUUAUAGGGGACUUUAUUUGUAUAUGCUCUGCUUAUAGGCAGCACUAGUUCUGCCUCCAUGGGAUGUUGAUUUUAUGGUAGAUCUGGACGUUUCAGAGCUACAGGCCAAGAAAAUAAACAUAACCAUAUACCAUUAUGUUCUAUGGUACCACCAACA